ACGUUUGAAAUAUUUGAUCUACUAACACUGCAUGAAUAAGAUCAAUUGGACAAACAGCAAGUAUCAAUCAUUCAUUAGAAGCAUUGCCUAUGUUAUAUGAACCAUCACAAAAGAAAUGAUUGUCAAUUUUAUCUGCAUGUUUAAAUUAUUUUUGUCUUUGAACUUGUUUUUGCUUCCAUCGGCUCAUGAACGACCAAAUAUUCUGUUUCUACUGGCUGAUGAUCUGGGAUGGAACGAUGUUGGGUUCCACGGCAGUUCCCAGAUCGACUCCCCUUUCAUUGACUCCCUCGCCAACGAAGGAAUAAUUCUGAACAAUUAUUACGUAAUGUCUCUCUGCACACCAAGUAGGGCGGCACUGCUCACUGGACGCCAUCCAGUCACUACAGGGUUGCAGUACCGAGUGAUUGGACCAGGACAGAGAAGUGGGAUCCCGCUGCAGUUUAGAUUGAUGCCGGAGUACCUGAAUGACCUGGGCUACGAGAGUCACAUGGUCGGAAAAUGGCACUUGGGUUUCUUCCAUAGAAAUUAUACACCUGCACUGCGAGGCUUCAAGACCUUUUACGGGUUCUAUAAUGGCAAAAACGACUACUACGUACAUCGAGAUCACGAACAAAGAAACGGAGUGGAUUGGGAUGGUCUGGACUGGAGAAUUGACGACGGAGUAACAGACACUAUCCUCGACAGCGAGUACGGUCAGUACAGCACCCGUCUUAUGGCCGACAGAUCAGUGGGCCUAAUCCAGGAUCACAACUUCGAAGCAUCUCCGCUCUUUCUCUACUUGGCAUUGCAAGCAACUCACGUGGGUAACGACGAUGAUCCAUUGCAGGUCCCACCGGAAACCGAGUAUGAAAUAAAAAACGUGUGGGAUAUCAAACGUCGCAAAUACGUUGGCAUUGUCAAAGAAAUGGACAACGCUGUUGAAAAAGUCGUGAACUCCCUGCAAGCCAAAGGUCAAAUGGACAACACAAUCAUCAUCUUCAGUUCCGACAACGGGGGGACGCCCAAUGGAGCUGGCAAUAACUUCCCUCUUAGAGGUGCUAAGGGGGGCAAUUUCGAGGGUGGAAUAAGGUCGCCCGCUUUUGUAUACGGAAAGAUGUUUGAGAAAAGAGCGGGUGAAGUUUCAACUGAGUUGAUGCACAUUGCAGACUGGUUACCGACAUUAUAUGAAGCGGCUGGAGGCGAUUUGAGAAACAUGAACAUCCCGGAGUCCUAUAGCAUGCUGGAUCUCUUUACCGGAGGAACUCGACAGCUCCCAGAUCUGAAGUUCUGGUUAAUAUCGACCCCUAUGACAAUUCAACAGGAAUCAAGGUGGGGAGGUUCAAGUAUCUCCUGAAUCCAGGAGGUGGAUCUUUGGCAUCGUGGUUUGCGGCUCCCGGACCGUUACCAGACUCGAAUGAGACUAUUGUUCCAAACACAACUCCAUCCCAAGUUACAUGUAGUGAAGUUCCUUCAGGUGUCGACUUUAGUUGCCACUCUAAGAUUUCAGGCAGCGAUGAGUGUUUUUAUGACCUUGAGAAAGAUCCAUGCGAGUUUGAAAAUCUGAUAGAUAAUCCGGAUUAUGCAAAUGAGCUAAAGAUGACUUUGGACCGAUUGAAGUACUGGAGAUCUCUGUCUGUAGAACCCAUUUAUCCUCCUGUAGACCAAGACUCCGACCCCAAGAACUUCAACUACGUGUGGAAAUCCUGGACAAAUAAUCCAAACAUACCUCCAAACGGACCCAUCAGUUGUUCGAAUAAACAGAUUACUGCAAAAACCUCAAGGGAUGCUUCAUAAAAUGAGUUGCCUGUUUCUGUUGAUGAAAAAGACUUGAAGGCUGAAAAAAUGCGCUUUUUUGCUGGUCUUUUCAUAAUUUUCUGAAAUUUAUGGCAAUAAAAAGUAAAUUGUAACAAAC